GGCGUGGAUGUGAUUGGCUAGGCAUAUAAAUAAGGGGUGUUGUGUCUCGUCUCCAUCAGUCAGUCUGCCUAUCUGUCUGUCUCUGUUCUUCCGCAAGGCUUUAACUGCGACCUUUCCUGUUUUCCGAGACUUGGUUUGUUUCCCAGCAAGGCCACAAUGAGUGCCCCGCUUUCCCUCACUAUAAAUGGGAAGCAGUAUGAAGUGGGCGAGGUCUCCCCUAACACUCAUCUACUGACCUUCCUGCAUGACAAUCAGCUGCUGGGCACCCACAAAACCUGCUACAAGGGUGCCUGUGGGGCCUGCACUGUGGUGGCCACUCUCACAGACCCUGACACACUGGAGAAGAAGACCAUGACCAUUAAUAGUUGCCUGGUGCCUGUGCUGGCAUGCGUUGGCUGGGAACUGACCACCAUCGAGGGGCUGGGGAACAAGUAUGAUGGCUACCACGUGAUCCAGGAACGCCUCACCCAGCACUCAGGCACCCAGUGUGGCUACUGCUCCCCCGGCAUGGUGAUGAACAUGUAUGGGCUGUCCCAGAGCAAGGCUGAGUGGACCAAGGAGGAUGUGGAACAGCAGCUGGACGGGACAGUGUGUCGCUGCACUGGCUACCGCCCCAUCCUGGACGCCUUCAAGUCCCUCACGCCACAGGACAUUGAGGACGUGCACAAGACGAGGUGCCCCACCACUGGCAAGGCCUGCUCCGGCUGCUGCUCCAACAAGCCCAAGGGGGAGCAGGGGAAGAAGGCAUGUGGGAAGAGCGCUGGCAGUCCCCUGAAGCUGAAGGACUCCACCUGGCACCAGCCGUCCUCCCUGCAGGAACUGCUUGACACUCUCGCUGGACUUCCUGAGGGGACCAAGUACACGCUGGUCUGCGGAAACACAGCCCAAGCCGUGUACGAAGGAGGGGCAUACACUGAGUACAUCUACACUGGCAAUGUCCCUGAACUGUCGGCGGUAAAGCUGGAGACAGAAGCCCUUGUGUUUGGCGCCAAUGUUUCCAUCACUCGCCUCAUGGAGCAGCUGUUCCUCGCCGCCCAGACCCUUGGUGGGUUUGCCUACGUCUCCCACCUGGCCGAGACCUGGAAGCACCUUGGCAACACGUCCCUGCGCAAUCUGGGCAGUUGGGGAGGAAACAUUGCCACCAAAGUGAAUCACCCUGACUUCACCUCAGACAUCUUUGUGGGUCUGGUAACAGCUGGUGCCACCAUCACCACAGUUAGUCCAGACGGGUCCAGUGACACCCACACGCUGGAGGAGCUGAUGGAGGUGGACCUGGUGGGACAGCGAAGGGUCAUCCUACAGGUCAGCCUCCCACCGCUCCCUGAUGACGUCUUCGUGAGGACCAUCAAGGUGCGGCCUAGGACCUCCACUGCCCUGGCUGAUGUGAGUGCCGGCUUCAAGGUACGGGUGGAUGCGGCAACGGCACACACUGUGGUGGAUGCGCCUGUCAUUGUCUACAAUGGUAUCAACUCAUCAUUUAUCCGCGCCACUGCAACGGAGGCAGCCCUUGCCGGGAAGAGCCUGGAGGAUGAGAUGGUACUGCAGGCGGCACUGUCAGCACUGGCUACUGAGGUUGUUCCUGCCAUCAAGCCUGGGGAGACUUCACCAGAGUACAGGCUGUCCCUCACCCAGACCCUGCUGUACAAGAUGGUGCUUGGGGUUCUCGGAGACUCAGCCAGCAGUGCAAUGGUGAGUGGGGCCAGUGACUUGGUGCGUCCCUUGUCCAGCGGCCAGCAAACUUUCCCUGAGAAUCCUGAAGCCUGGCCAGUGGGAAAGCCUGUAACCAAGGUGGAGGCACCCAUCCAGUGCAGCGGAGAGGCUGAGUAUGUGACCAAGAUCCCAGCACGCCCUGGAGAGCUGUAUGGGGUCUUUGUCACCUCAACACAGGCCAACGCACGGCUUGUUUCCAUUGACACCACAGAUGCCCUGGCCAUCCCAGGAGUUGUGGGCUUUGUGGGAGCUGAGGACAUUCGUGGCCAGAAUAACAUGCUGGCCUUUGCUGCAGACUGGGUCCCCGGCAGCUCCCAACCAGUGUUUGCAUCAGAGCGUGUGGAGUACAAUGGCCAGCCCCUCGGCCUGCUAGUGGCCACCAACAGGAGUGCAGCCUAUGCUGGCCUGGAGGCAGUGAAGGUCACCUAUGAUGACAUCCAGGCACCAGUCAUCACCAUAGACGAGGCCCUCACCAAGCCCCUUCCUCCCAGCCAGUUUCCUCCUGUGGUGAUAGGAGACGUGGCAGCUGGCUUUGCUGCUUCCACCCAUGUCAUCGAGGGAGCCAUGCGGAGGGGUGGGCAGCUCCAUUACCAACUGGAGACUCAGAUAACGAUUGUGAACCCGACGGACGACGGCUUCGAGGUGCACAGCGCCACCCAAUGGGCGUCUGAGACCCAGCGUGCCAUCGCUCAAGUGCUGGGUGUGCCUGACAACCAAGUGCAUGUGAGUGUCAAGCGUCUUGGUGGAGGCUUUGGCGGCAAGAUUGACCAGUGCAAUAUUGUAUCGACGGCUGCCGCUGUGGCUGCCCAGAAGAUGCGGCGGCCAGUGCGGGUCCAACUGGACCUGAGUGACAACAUGAGGAUUGUGGGCGGUCGGGAACCUUACCUGUGCACUUACAAGGUUGGGUUUGAUGAUGCCGGCAAGCUGCAGGCGGUGCAGGCUGUGCUCACUGCUGACUCAGGCUACAAGGGUGUUGAUGUCAGCAGUUCAUCAGCAGUGGCUGCAAUGCCGUCCUGCUAUGCCUGCUCCAACUGGGAGCUCACCCCACAGUUCAUCCUCACCAACACCCCCGUCACCACCUGGUGCCGCACACCAGGAACUGUGGAGGGCAUCUGCUUCAUGGAGAACAUCAUGGACCACGUGGCGGCAGAGCUUGGCCUGGAUCCCCUAGAGCUGCGGCAGAGGAACCUCCUCCCAGACGGUGGCAGCAGGAGGCUUGGCAAGGAGAUCAUCCAGCUACGUUCCCGCAUGGCAGGCUGCAAUGUGAAGGACUUGCCUGAUGAGGUUACAAUUCCCAGGAACCUCAUUUCAAACAUGAUCACGCAGCUGUUGGCCUCUGCAGAUGUGGAGAAACGCAAGGCAGAGGUGGCACAGUUCAAUAAGGACAAUCUAUGGAAGAAGCGUGGCCUGACAGUGAUGCCCAUGCUGUGGCCUCAUUCUGUGCCGCCCGUGUACCCCUUCAGUGUGCUGGUGGCUGUCAAUGCUCGGGACGGCUCUGUGUCCAUCUCCCAUGGUGGAUCAGAGAUGGGCCAGGGACUCAAUACGAAGGUGGCUCAAGUGGCAGCCUAUGAGCUGGGCAUCCCCAUGGACACCAUCAGCUUUGUGCCCACCAGUACCCACACCAACCCUAAUUCUUCCAGCACCAGCGGCUCCCUCGGCUCGGACACCUGCUCCUACUGUGUGGGGGAGGCCUGCAAGAUCCUGCGUGCCCGCCUGGACACUUACAAGCAGGUGGCCGGCCUGCUUGACGCUUCCUGGAAGGAGGUGGUGCUCUCUGCUUUCAAUGCCGGGGUGGACAUCUCUCAGAGAUAUGUGAAUGGGGCCAAUGAAACCCAGGGCUAUGCAGUGUUUGGAGUUGCCUGCAGUGAAGUGGAGCUUGAUGUCCUCACCGGCCAGUUCAUGAUCCUGCGCACAGACAUCCUGGAGGACGCCGGACGCUCCCUCAGCCCCCUGGUGGACAUUGGGCAGAUUGAGGGAGGCUUUGUGAUGGGGCAGGGACUCCUCACCCUCGAGAAAAUUGUGUUUGAUGCCGCCACCGGGAAGAAUCUGUCGGACAGUGUGUGGACUUACCACACUCCCAUGGCCUUGGACAUCCCUGUGGACAUCCGGGUCACCCUGCUGGAGGACGCCCCUAACCCUGUGGGCGUGCAGUCCUCCAAGGUGACGUCAGAGCCUCCGGUGUGCUUGGCAUACUCAGCGGUGAUGGCACUGAGGCAGGCUGUGACCAGCGCCAGGCAGGACGCAGGCACCACCGGAUGGUUCCAGAUGGAUGCUCCACUCACCUACGAGAGCCUGCAGCAGCUGUGCCUGGUGGAUGUCAGCCGGCUCACCCUUGCCUAGCCUGUCCACCACCACCACCACCACCACUAUGGGCCCUACCUGCUGUGUGACUGACCAGGAUAAGCCUUCUGACAACACUAAGGGACUGAAUCCCUAGAAAGAAAGUCUGUUGCUGGUGUUUAUAUCUAUAUUCACAUCAUUGAUAAUUUUGGACAUGUGUAGGUACUUAAAAGUUCAGCUUAAUAAGAGUAGUGGCUCCACCACUCAUUAAAAGUUUGCUUACAAUGAUUUAAACAAAAUUUUACAAACAGAACAUUGAAAUAUUGUUGCUUUUAUCAUUAAUUUCAAUUCUUAAGGGCUAAGUUAAUACUGACAGUGUAACACAGGCACUUUAGUGACUCAGCUUUCCUGUUCACAUUAUCAUCCUGGUGAGUCAUUGUCACUGUGCACAGCCAGGCCAUGAGCCAGGCGUCACACAAUCCCAUCACCUCGGUGUUAAGCAUCACGCUUCCAGCUUGAGAUGGAGGAUACUAAAUUAUAUGUUGAAAAGAAUGAUAAACUAGAUUUCAUAUCUAUAAGUAAAAGAUUCACAAGUAGUUUUUAGAGUAAAAAUCAGUGUAGCAACAUGUACUCCUCCUCCUCCUCAUGUAAUAGUGAAACAGUUUAGAGAUGAGAAUUGAUUACAAAAUAUAUAUUCUUAAUUUGCAUAAUGUAUUUAGCAUUCCAAGAAAUGUAUUCAUCUUAUGUGAAAUAUAUAAUAUAUAAUGUAUA